CUGUCCCAAACUGCAAACGCUCACCUCUGUUCGGAAUCUGUGUUUCAACACACAGAAAGCAUAGCUUGAACCACUGAUCGACUGCGAUGAUCUCAAUCACUUCUGCUGAGCUUAACUACCUCAUCUUCCGCUAUCUUCACGAAUCAGGUUUUACCCAUUCAGCAUUUGCUCUUGGCUAUGAGGCAGGGAUUGAUAAAAGCAGAAUUGAUGGUAAUUUAGUCCCACCAGGUGCUCUUGUAACAUUCAUACAGAAAGGAAUUCAAUAUAUUGAGCUGGAGGCGAACUUGAGUGGUAGUGAUGCAGACACAGAUGACGAUUUCUCAUUUCUACAACCUCUUGACCUUAUUACAAAGGAUCCAAAAGAACUACACAAUAUGGUCAAAGCCAAAAGGGAAAAUCUACGUCAGCAUAUGCUUGAAGCAAAUAAGAAGGCGAAUGAUUUCAGUCAAGACACUGCAAGUGAACAAGCUCGGGAAAUGGGCAAAGAGAGCAAGGAAAGGGAAAAUGAACAUGAAAUUGAUAAAACAAACCUAGAAAAAGAAGCAGAACAAGAAAAGGGUGAAUAUAAAGAAAUACAGCAUUCAGAUCAAAAUGAUGCGGCGAGGGAUGAAGAUAAGAUUGUAGCUGAAAAUAUAGAAAAUGGAACCUGUGGAGGACCUGAGCCAAUGGAGAUCUCCCAAAGCUUCACAGUUUUGCCUAGUGAGAUUCCAACUUGUGAAGUAAAAAUUUUGGAAGGUCAUACCUCUGAGGUUUUCGCUUGUGCAUGGAAUCCAUCAGGCUCGCUUCUUGCAUCUGGAUCUGGAGAUUCGACAGCUCGGAUUUGGAAAAUUACAGAAGGACCUAUUAACACUAGCGUACAGAAUGAACCAAUAAAUGUUGUGGUGCUAAGGCACUUUAAAGGAAGGACUAGUGAGAAAAGCAAGGAUGUGACGACACUUGACUGGAAUGGGGAUGGGACAUUACUGGCAACUGGUUCUUAUGAUGGUCAGGCAAGAAUAUGGAGUAGAGAUGGAGACUUGAAGAGCACAUUAAACAAGCAUAAAGGUCCAAUCUUCUCUUUGAAAUGGAAUAAGAAGGGGGAUUAUCUUCUUAGCGGCAGCGUUGAUAAAACUGCUAUUGUAUGGGAUAUAAAGACUGGGGAAUGGAAACAACAAUUUGAAUUUCACUCUGCACCCACUCUUGAUGUAGAUUGGCGAAACAAUGUUUCGUUUGCAACAUGUUCCACAGAUAACAUGAUAUAUGUUUGCAAAAUUGGAGAGAAUCGGCCCAUCAAAACUUUCUCGGGGCAUCAGGGUGAAGUUAAUGCUAUCAAAUGGGAUCCAACAGGCUCUUUUCUGGCUUCUUGCUCAGAUGAUCACACUGCCAAGUACUCAACAUGA